CUGCCAUUUUGCCACUGUAUUAAUCCGGUCCCACUAUCACCCUGUUUAAGCCAGUGGGCACCAGAAGUGUCACAUCACUGUCCAAACGCGGCCAUCAUUCUGGUGGGCACUGACGAACAUCUGAGGCCGUUGUCCGGAAACAUAGACCUGACCGCACUAGCGGUUACCUACUCUGAGGGAAUGGCGGCCGCCCGAGGGAUGGGUGCCUACAAAUACAUGGAGUGUUCGGCAGUAACCGGCGAUGGCGUUACAGAAGUGUUUGCUACAGCAGUUGUUGCCAUACUUCACCCGAAGUCAACGCCCCGGCAGUCAAAGAGUACGUGCGUCUUGUCAUAA